AUCGACGGGAAGCACGAGUGGAGGGACUGCAUCGACGUGCCGGGCGUACGCUUGCCCCGUGGGUACUACUUUGGGACUUCUUCUGUCACCGGAGACCUGUCAGACAACCACGACAUCAUUUCGCUGAAGCUUUACCAGCUGACGGUAGAGCGGACGCCGGAGGAGGAGAAGCGGGACAGAGAGGUGUACCUGCCCGUCGUGGACAACCUGAAGCUGCCGGGAAUGGAGGCGCCGCUGGAGCCCAUGAGCGGCCUGGCGCUCUUCUUAAUCGUCUUCUUCUCCCUCGUCGCCAUCGUUUUCGCCAUCGUCAUCGGAGUCAUCAUCUACAACAAGUGGCAGGAGCAGAGCCGGAAACAUUUCUAUUGA